AUGACCUCCUCCGUGUCCGCACUCCCGUCUGCGCAAAAUAUCGGCUUCGUGGACGCUGAUGGUGAGACCUUGACUACUACGACGAGGACUAGCCUUGCGCAAGGCACAACAGUACAGAUGCAGAAGACCACCUCACAGGCGACAGUCACGAAAGUUGUGCAGGCAACCGUUACCGUUGUUGUCAAGCCUUCGUCGACUACAAAGCCGCUUGUCGAAUCUUCGACAUCACCUAAACUCUUCAGCUUGGGGCAGGGCACUAUAGCGAAAUUUGCAACUUUCACGUCCACAGCGACUUCGACGUUGUCGGAAGAUACCUCGACGCAAUCGGAAGCAACUUCGACACCAUCACUAACAACCUCGACAUUAUCAACAACAAUCCUGCCCUCUAUCGUGUUCACGACGCCCACCGCGCUGACCUCGAGCUCAGUUACCAACGCCUCAACGGGCAUGAUGAUGUCGCUGACGUCAAUACCGGUCAAGGGAAACACCACCAUUCAUGCGACUCAUGCCGGAGUAGUCGCAGCCGCCGUCGUCGGAAGCAUGUCUGCCAUCCUACUCGCUGCACUGGUAUGGUUCUGUAUCCGCCGCCGCCGGUACCGUCGUUGGGAAGACGAGCUGCGUUUACGGGAGAAGGGCGGGAGGUCGAGUAUGUUCAUCGAGACUCCCGUGAGCCCCUCCGAGCGCGGAUACCAGCACGGUAUCGAAGACGCUGCGGACAUGCCUCCGGGAAACACCUCCGUGACAAGGGCCGAUACUUGGCUCUCCAGCCUUUACACAAACACUGGCGUUUCCCAGGUUCCUGGGAGCCCGCUGGUUGGUGCAGACCCUUUCGCUAGCGUGCACGAUCCCCAGCAGAGGGAGGAAGAGCUAGCUCGGAGGGUUCUAGAACGUGAACAGUCCUUGGCCAACCUUAGCAAGAGUGUGCACGCUAGUUUACCAGUUCAGGGAAAAAGCGAUCACCACGGGGACUUGGGCGUGUCUAAUCCGAUUGGGCCUAUAUCACAGAGGAUGAUGGAUCAGGUGGAGGACAUGCAGGAGCAGACACGAAGGAUGCGGAUGGAACUGGUGCUACUACACACUAACCCUCCGCCUGAAUAUGGAACACUCUGA